CACAACAUUCGCUUGUUCGAAAACACAAACAAAUACAUUCAAUUCAUUCGCAACAAUGGCUGAUCAACUUACCGAAGAACAAAUUGCUGAAUUCAAGGAGGCCUUCUCCCUCUUCGACAAGGACGGUGAUGGUGAGUGCURUGUAUCAUGUUGUUUCUCGUUAUGUCUGCCAUUUUGAUGUAAUAAAUUUGGCUUCAACUUGUCUUCGGGAUUGUAGCUGUUUGCACGUGCCGCUAGAUGACAACAGCGRMAAAAGUUUCGUUUGGAUCGAUUCAGAMCAAUCAAUCUUGCAGAUUAAUGCGACAAUACUGAUCGAUGAUAAAGAUAUUUGGUCCAUUGGUUCCCAAAACGGCUUGUCGUUUUGGUCACAUGAAAUAUUWGUCAUCCGAACCACCAAGAUCCACGAAUCAGAUCUCACCGUAGUUCCCACGCUUUUUUGCAAUUAAAUUCAGGUACCAUCACGACCAARGAGCUUGGAACCGUCAUGCGAUCCCUUGGACAAAACCCUACCGAGGCUGAAUUGAUGGACAUGAUCCAAGAGAUUGAUGCUGAUGGCAGUGGAAACAUUGACUUCCCUGAAUUCCUUACCAUGAUGGCCCGCAAGAUGAAGGACACUGAUAGCGAGGAAGAAAUCCUUGAAGCCUUCAAGGUUUUCGACAAGGACGGAAAUGGAUUCAUCUCCGCCGCCGAGCUCCGACACAUCAUGACCAACCUCGGGGAAAAGCUCACCGAUGAGGAAGUUGAUGAAAUGAUCCGUGAGGCAGAUAUCGAUGGAGAUGGACAAAUCAACUACGAGGAAUUYGUCAAGAUGAUGAUGUCGAAAUAAAUCUUCUGCCAUCCGUCCCACGAAAGACUAUAUAGACCGUGUUAUAUGGUUUGUUGGCAAAUAUAUUCUAUCUACGUAAGCUUGUGUUGCCGCCAUAAAACACAUAAACCACUGGGUUGUGUGCUUAAUGUUCCUGCAUAGAUAAUUAGUGCACAACUUAACCCCCAAAAGCAGUCAUGUGUUCGUUUAUUAUUAGKUACUUUUUUUUKUAAUUGAAGAUGUGAUGUCGGAAGCACUGAAGUCAUGAGAUUAAACUGACAAGAAAGCGAGCAUGCUUCAAUGCCYGAUYUCCUGRUAGAUCCAAGUACACCCAGGCAACGCYAUUUUAGAAAAAUAUAUYCAAUUCGCUGUGAUGGUUCGAACUUUCCACGACUAUUACGCAUAGGUUUUCUUCCAGUUUAAGCUUUUCUUAUUAGACCGUUCUUCACAGGUUCCAGAAGGCGAUCAAGAAGCGUGUUCACCGUCAUCGUAAGCUCUUCCUCGACAUUUUCUUUGGGCACACCUGGCUGACCCUUCAUUUCAGUAUAGUACUUAAAUUUGGGUUCUGUUCCGCUGGGUCGUAGCUGAAUGAUACAUCCGUUUGUGAGACGGAUUGUCAUCAUGGGAGCGGUCGUAGACGUCGGUAGUUUAGGUCUUUUGUCAGCUUGAAGAGAAUCGUAUCCGGGCUCACCAAGAUCGCGGAAAGAUUCAAUCUCGUAUGGCGCAACCAUGUCUUUCAGUGCCUCGUAGGUUCCCCCGCUUCGGAGACGUUCCAUGAUYACCUUCACGGUAGAUUGGUCGUGCAUGAAAUAAUAUCCAUUUUUGGAU